AUGGUUUAAUUUGUUAACGAAUUUGUAGAAUUUUGCAGAACUAUAGGAAUAUUGGAGAAAGAUUAAAUUUUUGAAUCAACCUAAGAUGACUUGGGUUAAAUGCUCUUUAUGCAUCUGGUAACCUUAAAUCGUCAAUCAUUAAUUGAUUUAUCUAAUAGAGUCUCCCAAAUGUGGCUUAUGUAAUAAACUAACUCAAAACCCAUUCAUCCAAAUAGUGUUAAGUAAUUCACUACUAGAAGUAAGCAUAGUCAAUCCACUCCCUAAGAAUCGAAAUCAUUAACAAACAGUAACAAUCAAUCCACAGUUUAUUUAUAUGAUUAAUAUAUUAAGAAAGAAGAGAAAUAAAUAAUACAUUAAUAGAAAGUCAUUGAAGAUUAAUUAAAAGAAUGUACUUUCUAACCUUAAAUAUCAAAAAAGAGCCAAUAAUUAGAUACAACUGCUCCAGUUUAUGAUAGAUUAUCACAAUUUGGAUAUGAUUAAAGGAUGAAACAUCAAAUUAGUAUGGAAAUCAAAACUAAAAGUGAUUUAAAGUAAUGUACUUUCAGACCUCAAGUCAAUCAUAGUUUUUCAAAAAUCUUAGAAGGUGAUCCAUUCUCUCGAUUAUAUUAAAAUGCCUUAUCAUAAAGAUAAACUAAACCUGUAAGCCAAGAAAAGACUUAUACUUUCAAACCAUAAUUAAUAAGCUAACCAAUUGUAUAAUAGGAAUAUUUAUCAAUCCCUGUUGAAGAGCGACUCUAUAAUCAUUUUUUUGAUUAAUAACAAUAACUUGUUUAAUAAUAAGAGAAUGAAAAUUAAGCUAAAUUAGAUGAAUGUACAUUUACUCCUAAUAUAAAUUAAUAUGGCUCUGUUUAAUAAGGUUCAGAAUAGAAAAUGAGAGUAUUUGAUAGACUUUAUAAUAAAUCAUCAGCCGUGAAAUGUGCUUCAGAAAUUAAAGAAUAAAAUCCUAAUCAUUUUUCUAUUUCCAAAUAAUCAGAUAAGAUUAUAAAAAAAGCAAAUGGAGAUAAUUCAAAAUAUGUAUCCCAGUUUUAGAUUGAUUAAACUCCAUUUGAUAGAUUACAUAGUGAACACAAAAGAAUAGAGAAGAAGAAAAAAGUUAAAGAAAAUUAGAUUUUUAGUAGUAUUCCAUUCAAACCCUAAACAAAUAAUAAUAAGAAAUGA